GUCCCAGUUCACAGGUGCAGCCAGCGAUUCCACUCCACUUUUGAAAAGUUUAAAUUCAAUGAAUAUAUCUUCAUGACCCACUACCUCGAAGUUCUCGGUGUGGAUUGAAAAAACUGUGGUUUUAACUCGAGAUGAUCGAUCAAAUAUCAGUGAAUCUGCUCGUUACUGCCAAUCAACAACAGGAGGCGCCCGUGUGCAGGCACAGGACCACGCGCAGGGGGAGAAUAAGAAAAAGCAGGAUAUGGAGCAAACUUAGUAAACGUAGCAGUGAUAAUGCUCUAAACUAUGACAGCGUGAGCUCUGUGCAUGAUGGCCUGCAGACAAAGGAGCACUUUAGAAGAUAAACGGAAGAAGAAGUUACGUGACAAGGCGAGAGAUAAGACUCGCAUUAACAUCAGCGAAGCUUUCCGGCGUUGGAAAGACCUCCGAGGGGCAACGGGCUUGGACACGGACGCGGAGUUCGCACAUUAUCUGCUCGAAAGUUAUGAAAAAACACUAUCAAGCCUUGGACAUAAAUCUGCCCCUAAAAGAUCUGCCUUGGAUAAUGAUAUCGAAAACAUCCUAGACACAACUGAACAGAGAGCAGCAGGAGCAGAUGACGUCUUUCAUUUUUUGGAUAAUGAUAUAGAAAACAUCCCAGACACAACUGAACACAGCCCAGCAGGAGCGGAUGACAUCUGUGAUGAGGACGUCUACGUGCCACUAAUUCGUAAUCAGAGCUUCACAACAUCUGAGCUGUUACUGGAAUGUGAAGAAGAGGAGCUCGAGCCGUGCCAGAAACCAACAUCACAACUUGACUCCAAAGAUGAGGAUGAUGUCAGAGAGUCGAAAAAUGAACAGUUAGAUUGUAAGCUGAAGCCUUUGUCACCUCUUCAGAGAAAUCAAGUGAAUUCAACACCCAGGUUGAACAGAGAAACAGCAGAACCUGUUGUCUUCAACUACAAAGGAUUCACUGUGGUUCUCUCAAGACACUGGAUCUUCCCAUGAAUUCAUUUGAAAUAGCACCAGAUGAUCAUCAGCAGCUUUUCCAGAAAGUGACUUCAGCCACAGAAACAGCUUGGUCCUAAAGCAACAAGUCUGAUUCUUUAUCCAGAGUCCACGAUGCUGCAAAAUCUAUAAAGACAUCUAACCAGCUGCAGACGGACCAGUCCAGCUCCCAGACUCCCUCUCUAUCCCAUCCUCUGCCUUGCUUCAUCGCAUUGAACUUGAAUCAACGGUUAUGUCACACACAUAAACAUCUUGAUCGAGACACAGAAUGUUAAGUUAUCUGCACAUUGAUUUGAUGUUCAGACCAUUGUGAGUCUGUUGGCUCUGACAUCCUGUCUAGAGUCUGUGUAGCCCUGCACACAGCGUCUGUUUCAACAACUAACAACCUGUCAGUCACAGGUUUAUUGUAACGUUUUGCAAAAAAAAAAAAAAAAAAGUCAAAUU